GUACAGCAACGCUUUGUCGUUUGCAAAGAAGUUUAAUGGUCAGAUCUAAAUAGAGAAGGGCAGAGAUUCUGUGGUCACGUGUAUUUAGUCAUGAAAUUGCUUAGAAUAUGUUUUUUUAAACUAAUUUAUGAAAAGAAAAACAAAUGUGUGAUUUUUCCUCACCGAGGGGUCUGGGUUUCACUUCACUUGGGCUCAUUGAUGCUGGCCCAAGCCCGAUAUGGGUCGAGAGAAAUAUCCAUGAUCCAUUUAAUUCUGUGGGCUUCUUUGCCCAUCAUCCACAUCAACUUCUUGUUUGACUAUGGGAAAGAAAACUGCAAUGUCCAUCAAUCACAAUCCGAUAUACGAAAUUCAGCUUUCAUUAUAGAUUUCUAAAAAAACCUGUCACUCAUGUCUAUACCUUUUCAUAAAGAAGAGAUAAAGGGCCGAAUUUUUAAUGUGCAUUAAGACAUUGAGUUCUUGUUCCACUAAGGGAGAGGCCCAGCUGUAUCCAAUAACGCAAUCAUAUUUAUCAUCAUAAGAUAAUGGAAUCCAAUGGGCAAAAGGUGUCUUGAAAAUAAAGAAAAAUAGUUGACUUCCAUAAGACCUAUCUCGAUCCUCCAAUAGAAGACUGCUGCUCUUUACAACUCAGAUAAUAAUGUAUGAUCUUACAAUUAUCAUGAUGUUAUACUCGUAACAAAUCAUAGUCUGAAAGCAAAUUAAAUAUUAUUAAUUAUUCAGUUCCGUACGAGUUCACUUUAUAAAACUGAAGAGGCUGAACUAUAUGUAAGAAAGGGCCGAUUAAAAGAUAAGCUGUUGUCAUAUCCUAUUGAACCAUAUCUUCAAUUUGAUGAGCAUUUUAUGCGAUGGUGGUCUUUAUACAAAGGCACGCUUCAUUAUAGCUUUUUAUCAUUACCAUUUGGCUUCUGUUCCAGUGUUGGGACUUGAAGUACUGGACCCAUUUUCUUGUAAAGUUAGGAUCAUUGGUUUCCACUUUAGUACUGUAAGAUAAUAACAUAACUUUUUGGCUUUUGGUUUUAUGUUUUAUAAACAUGACAUUAAAAUCAACUUACCAAUUUACAAACCCAUACCUGCUCUGUUUGAACCCAAAGAGGUUUCCAGCAUACCCUCUUCUUUUCGCCAGCUUUCAGUUUCUUAUAUAUAGUAGGCUGUUUUAUGGAAAAACUUAGGUCUGAUUUUGCCACUUCUAUGCUUUUAAAAUCCUGAAUAACUACAAAGCAAGCAAUUUGUUGGGUUGAUAAUGAAUAACAUACCUGCUAGAGUUUUGCUGUUUCUGUUCUUCAACCUUCUUUCUUCUUUCGUUGUCCACGCCAUAGCCAACAAUACCAACAGCAAAACACAAGAUUUCAAAGUAGAUAGUGCCAGAAGUUCGGGGAAAGGCUGUGAUCACGACUGGUCUCACUGCAAGCACCCGAUAACUCCUCAGCCAUCAUCUCUUUUGCCUGUUGAAGCAGAGGUUUUGAUAUUUGAAGACCUGAGGCUUUCAGUGGUGUACCCUGUGAUUCAAAAAUUCAAGUCAAUUAUCACCUCGGAUCCUCUAGGAAUCACUAAAACAUGGGUUGGAUCGGAUAUAUGCAACUACAAAGGCUUUUACUGUGACAACCCACCGGACAACAAGUCUGCCACGGCGGUUGCAUCCAUCGAUUUCAAUGGCUUUCAACUCAGUGCACCAUCCCUUGAUGGCUUCCUCGAUCAGCUCCCUGAUAUUGCUGUUUUUCAUGCCAAUUCCAACAAUUUUUCUGGCACCAUCUCCACGAACAUUGCUAAGCUCCCUUACCUAUACGAGCUGGAUGUGAGCAACAACCGAUUAUCUGGUCCUUUUCCCACUGCUGUUAUUGGUAUGAACAGUCUCAUCUUCUUGGACCUUCGGUUCAAUUUCUUCAGUGGGUCAAUCCCACCUCAAGUUUUCGUGCAGGACCUUGAUUUUCUACUCAUCAACAACAACAAUUUCAUGCAGAGUCUCCCAGACAGUGUUUCCAUCACCCAUAUUCUCUAUCUCACCUUAGCCAACAAUAAAUUCAGUGGUCCAAUUCCUGGUGGCAUUGUGAAAGCUUUGUCAUCUCUGACAGAGGUUCUGCUCUUAAACAACUCAUUAUCAGGAUGUCUGCCUUAUGAGUUAGGAUCACUUGACGAAGCAAUCGUGUUUGAUGCCGGCAACAACCGACUAACAGGACCAUUGCCCUUUUCGCUAGGUUGCCUAAAGAACGUGGAGCAGUUGAAUUUCGCAGGAAAUCUAUUGUAUGGUAUGGUGCCGGAAGUGGUUUGUGCGCUUGGACAUCUGGUAAAUCUAUCUUUGUCGGACAAUUAUUUCACAGUUGUUGGGCCACUGUGUCGGAUUUUGAUAGGGAGAGGAGUAUUAAAUAUUAGGAACAAUUGCAUUCCAGAUCUUCCUUUCCAGAGACCAAUUACUGAAUGUGCAAAAUUCUUAGCAUUCCCCAGAAUUUGCCCUCGCAUGUGGUCUUAUACUUUAAUGCCCUGCAUGCUUCCCUCUUUCAAUCCCCCAAUUUUUUCCAUUCCCAAAUAUUGGCCACAUUUUCCCUAGAUUUAUACAUUCCGAGUCUCAUCUUGGAAGCGCAUUGUGUGUGUUUUUCAAUUGAAAUCCCAAGAAUAGUCUCAGUUACAUCUUUCAUCAACCCCCAUAGCAAGGGGAAACAGAUUCGUACACUACAAUUCAUUAUUGAUUCCUAACCAAGAACAUCUUCCGACGGGACUAUGGCAUUCGUAUUGUGGUUUGUUUAACCCUAAUUAAGCAGAUAAUUAGAGAUACCUGUUACGAAAAUCCAUAUAACCGGAGGCGUGGUUCACCGUGGGGAUGCUGAAUGAUUGUUGGUAAAUCUGAUUAGUGGAAGCUUUGCCUUUGCGGCUGUCCUCGCCAUAGCCGUAAGAUAAGAAAUUUGUGCACGGGCGGUAGGGUGUGCGGCUGCACAGCCAGCCCAACUUCUGUUGUUACCCACUAUGUUGGGAUUAGUGCUUUGGGUUAGGUAUCAAUAAUCAAAUACCGUCUUACAAAGUUAUUUUUUGCUUCCUUUCUUUCCAUAUAUGCCCUUCCUCUUAAUUAUUAUUUAUUACAAUUGU